CUUUCUUUUUGAGUUUUGCGACUUGAUUAGUAAAUUAAACUGGCAUUAUCACUGAACAGUUGUUCUAAUAUAUUUUUGUACCCUCACGUACCAAUAACUUUGAUGCCACGCGUCAACACAAACUUGCGUUGUGCACGGCACCGAAGCAUCCACCAUCCUGAUCUGGCUAGGAGCUCCCUUGCAAGCGGUCGUCCAAAUCUAAUUCCCACACUUAAUCAGAAUUCCAUGUAACACCACAUUGCGCUGUACCUAACAGCCGGGCAAAAGCCAAGGCCCUGCAUCACAACCGAAACUUCUCCCCGUCCCUCAACGUCAGCCGUCGGAUCCAUGAACCCCCGUCUCCAACGACGAUCAACCAAUGCACCGCAACGAGGGUCCACGAAUCAUGCGGGCGUGAUAAAAAGCGAUCCCUUCACCUAACGCCGAAUCUUAAUUCCCCUCCUUAUAUAAACCUCGAGGGAAACGAUAGACGCCAACGUCAAGCAUCCCUCCCACCUUGUCUUUCUCCUUCUCCUCCCCUCUCUCCCUCCCACGGCCGAACCAAGGAGGAUACGGAAACCGCCCCCGAUCCCGCCGUUGGCGAUGACCUCGACGGAGGAAGGUGAUCUCCGCGGGAGACUGGCGGAGGACUGGACCCUCUCCCCGCCGCGGCCGAGGCGCUCGCAAUCCCGCCUUCACAACUUCUCCUUCUCGACCCUCAGCUGGGGGCGCCACAAGCUCCUCCGGUGCAUCAACAUCAAGGGAAGCGUUUCCGGCGAGGCCGCUGGAUCGGCGGCCGCCGAGGUGGCACAGCACGACCCCGGGGAGGGCCGGAAGCGCCCGGGCUCCGCCUCAUCCCGGGGGAAAUCUCAGCCCCCGAGGGCUUCGCCGGGAGGGAGCGGCUCCAAGGAGGCCGAUGGAAGAGCAAUGGAGGAAGGGAAGGGGGAGGAGUCCUCCUCUUCUGCUGCAGCGGCGGCGGCGGCGGCGGCGGCGACUGCUGCAGCGGCGGCGGCGGCCAUGAGGCCGUGGAAUCUGAGGACGAGGAGGGCUGCCUGCAAUGCUCCGGCGGAGAAGGGGCGUCCCCGGAACCCUAAUUCGGCUGCGGGGUCGCCGUCUCCGUUGUCUGCCGAGAAGAGCAAGCCGGUGGCCAAGUCGGUCAGACUGAGAUCGGAUGACGCGGGGACAGGGCAGUGGCCCACGUUCUCGAUCUCGCUGUCUCGCAAGGAGAUUGAAGAGGACUUUAUGUUGUUCAAGGGGACGAAGCCCCCUCGGAAGCCUAAGAAGAGGCCUAAGAUGGUUCAGGAGCAGCUGGAUUCGCUUUUGCCUGGUUUGUGGCUAUCCGAGAUCACUCCGAAUUCAUACAAAAUUCAUGCAAGUAAGAGGCCGUGAACGAAGCAAGGGUUUUUUCGUGAAGAAAGCUUCCAGGGUUUUUAACUGCUGACUAUUACUUUAGUCCGGUGACCAUGGUUAGGGCGAUUUUGUAGCACAUCAUAUUGAUCUGUAAAUUGAAAGUUUAAAUAAAAUGUUUAAAGUUUGCAUGUUUAUCUGCGAGGCAUGUUUGUUUCUUUACAUUAUUGUCUAAUUUAAAUUUCUUAUUUUAUUUUA